AGUCAACCCCAGCCAGCGCGUCAGGCAGUCUACAAGAGUCAACACCAGCCAAGAGGGAGUCGGGCAGUCCGCUCGGACAGUCAACACAGGAGUCGACUCUGCGGCAGUCGUAAGGGUCAGCGCGCGGUGUGGACCGCGCCGAGCCAGCAAACCGUUCCAUAGGGCGCACGGGAAGCCGCCAAGAGAGACUACUCCCUGGAGAUGCACGUGCAGGUCGCUCUUCCACAGGAGGCCCAACCCUGGGGCCGCGCCCUUUUGGACUCUGACAUCACUGAUGACAUCACGUGUGCCAAGCUCAUCAACAGCCGCCAAGGCUUCGAUGCCUGGAACGGAUGGAAGAGCCACUGCCCGGGCGUCACCCUUCCCUCCACCAGCGACUGCAGUCCCUGAACAUUAAAUUCUCUUUCAAUCUAAGGCAAAAAGACAUUACGUUGUAGAAUAAUACCUU